AUGGAGGUAAAUAUCCUUGGAGUCAGUGAAGUCCAUUGGCCUGGCACUGGAAUGAUUAAAUCGAAAGGUAAAGUCUUUUACUAUUCCGGCAAUGGCAGUAUUGAUCAAAAUCAUCAGCGAGGGGUUGGUAUUUUAAUGGAUGAGAAUUUACAAAAGUCAGUGAAGAACUUUAUUCCUCUCUCAGAAAGGGUAAUUCUAAUUCAGUUACUGGGCAGGCCUAUUAAUAUCAAUAUCAUCCAGGUCUAUGCUCCAACAGCAGAAAAGGCAGAGGACGAGAUUGAAGACUUUUACAGACAACUUGAUCAGGUGCUAAGACUCACAAAAAGUAAUGAAAUAAACUUGGUUUUGGGAGAUUUUAAUGCCAAAGUCGGUAAAGGCAGGUUGGGAUCUGUGGUCGGAAAUUAUGGUUUAGGUGAAAGGAAUGACAGAGGUGAGAAAUUGAUACAAUACUGUGAAGAAAAUAAUCUUACAAUCACAAAUACAUGGUACAAACUCCCAUCUAGACGACUUUAUACCUGGAAGUCUCCACAAGACAAUGAUUACCGUAUUAUUCGUAAUCAAAUAGAUUAUAUACUAAUUAAUAAUAGAUUUAAAAACCUGAUCACAAAAGUAACUACAAUGUCAGGUGCCGAUAUUGAAUCGGACCAUAAUCCAUUACGUGCCAACAUCCUAUUGCGUAAUAAAAAAAAACCUAAACCAAAAAGCUUGAGAAAGAACUUGGAUCCAAAACUUCUCAGAGACAUGAAUGAGAGAUAUGAAAACCAUAUAAAUGAGAAUUGGAAAGUAUUGUCAGUACAAAUGACAUUGAGAAACAUUGGCUGGGCAUUAAGCAAGCUUUCAAGGAAACCUCCUCACGGCUAA